GCAUGGAGCAGGACUAUGGAAGUCACCAAGAAGGUGGGGGGCCCUGAUACAUCAGGCCCCCAAAGCCACUCCUUGGCCAGCAGCAAGCAGCCAGGGGUUGGCCUCAGAGGCUCCCAGGGACUGUGGAUAAAUUCGGGAACUGUAUACUUCGGGCAGGGGUUGUCAUUGUCCACUGAGGCCGUCACCGAUGGGACCUGUGGCCCUGCCUCCCAGGCUCAUACCCCUGAACCCAUUCACCAGCUACACCAGGACCCUGCUAAGGUUAGCUCCCAGUGUGGCUGUGAGCGGGCCUCCCAAGAUACCCUGAGGUUCCCCUCUACUGGUCCAUUUCCAAGCUCCAUCGUGGGAACUCAAACGCAUCUUGUUGUAGAGAACAGGACUGUGACCCUACCCAUGUGCACACGCAGCAACAGCACCAGUGACAUGGCCCAGGAUGGAUUCUGCCGCUCCGGGCUUCAGGUGCAGAUUGCAGGGCAGGUCAAGUCUCCAGCUAAAGUCCUGGUAGGCUGGGGCAAAGGCCCCUGCAGCCCUGACCAGAUAGCCCCCUGGGGCAGCAGGAAGAGCCGGUGGCUACCCUAUUUCCUUUCAGGGCAGGAUGGCUCAGCUGCAGCCCAAGGACCUCCUCUGGCUCCAACCCAAGGUCAGGGCCAGAGCAAGUACCCAUGUUCAGCCCACACUCCUCCAACUCCAUCUCAGGCAAAUACUUCAGCUGUGGAUACAACCCAAAUGCCAACAGCAGCUGAACUUUAUACCUGUAACCCUGACCACUCGACAGAUACCACUGCCAUCACCAAAGACCUGUCCCGAGACCUCCUGCUCAGAAAGUGUGGCAAUCAAUGGUCAGUUGUCUUGGAGUCUUCCGCAGUGGUCACAACCUGCCAGGACAAAGUGGAUUUUCAUUUUCAGGAGGAGCCUCCUGCCCCAGCACCCACUCCAAAGGAGUCCUCAGACCAUGUCCAAGAACUUGAGGUUGCCAGAAUGCAGGUGUUACCCAACCAGCCCAAAAACCCAGCAGAGAAGCCCCUGGUCUACACUUCCAGGCCAGACAGCCCAACACCAAGCUCAGGACCCCUGGGGACACCCAAGUCCCAGAGGAGUAGUCAUGAGAUCUGCUCUCAGCCAGACCAGCAGCCUCUCGAUGUUCGCAACAAUACUUGCUCCAACAUGCCAGCGUCUGCCUACCAAGUAUCCUGCCACAACGAGCCCCCAGUCCAGUCUCCUGAGGAAGCCAUACAGACUUCCCCUUCCGGUGCCCCUACCUGCCAGCUCCGGGAUGCUGUGGAAGACCAAGUGAUGGUAUUUGAUAUGGCCACGGGCAACACCAGGAUGGGGCUGCUGUGCCAUGACCCCACGGGUUCACGGGCAGUGCUGGUGGGCCUCAUGCCCAGUCACCCAUCCUUCUAUGUCCCUGAAAAUGUAUUGUCUACUCGACUGUUACCUGUGCCAAUCUUUUCCCUUGACAAUCGCUCCAGAUUCUGGUCCACUUCACCCAUGCUGUCCUGCCCAGUGCCCUCUAACCUCUCAUCAGGAAGCUACUCAGAGGUGCCCCUGGUUCCCAAAGAGGCCAAUCUCAACCUGGAGUCAUGGGGCUCCCCUGGUAUUGAGACACCCAUCAGACUGUUCACUGGGCCCAUUCCACUGGGGAUGCCCCUCCAAUUUGGUGAGAGGAUAUUGAGCCAUGUUCAUGAGCCUGGCUGGUCCAAACCUGAUGCUGAAAAAAAUGAAGCUAGUCACACCAUCUGGAUGCUGGAUACAUACAGGAUGCAGGAUACCUCCAAGGUCCAGCCCAAGAAACUACAGUGGAUGAACUCAGAGCUGACCCCAGAGCCUGCUCCACAAGCCAAAACCCAGGAGAUGUCCAGAUCCCUGCUCCAGGAGGACAUAGGCACACACAACCAGAAAGUGGUCCUUACUGCUCACCCUGACAACCUUAGGGUUGAAGGUGCUGGGCAGGCCUCCCUCAGUGGUCGACCCCUGGCUGGACAGCCCCCUCCAACUGCUCAGCCUCCUGCUGCUGACCAGUGCUCCCUCACCAGGCAGCUCCCUCUUCCUGGUCAGCCCCCUCUCACUGGAGCCCCUCUUGCCAGGCAGCUUUCUCUCACUGCAAAGCCUCCUUUUUUUCAAGAACCCCUCAUUUCCAAAGAGCCCAUCAUCUCAGGAGGAUCCUCCAUCCCCAGGGAGACUGGCCAGGCCUCCACCUUGCAACAAGAAGGGGAGUCCUUGGGCUUGCCAGCCCAUGUAGGGCUACCUCAGGUGCCCCUGGCCCCUGAGGAGACCUGUGUCUACAUGAGUAAAGAAAAGGUCAGUGUUGGUGCCGCUCAAAGAGCCAGCACACAUCAGCUCUUAUCCUGGCAACCUGGCAGCCACCCUGGAACCCAAGAGGAGCAGUUUUCCCUGGUCACAUUCUCUACACCCAGCACUGGCUGCAAGGUCUUGCCUGUGGCCAUGGUGGGUACUGACCCCCAGGGUCUCCAGUUUAAGAUGAUGGCUGAGAACAUUACAUACUCACCAGUGGUUGCACACCUUGGCCUGCUCCGUGGGGCCUGCUAUGAACUGGUACCUGCCAUGGAUACUCUGCUGGUGCAGUCCCCACUGCUCUGCCGCCAUUCACUGGGUCCCUACCAGGACAUGGCAGCUGUGGUGAUUGACACAGGCACAGGCUUCACCAAAUGUGGACUGGCUGGAGAGGACCACGUCCUCAGUGUGGUGUCCUCACGUGUCCAACUGCUACAGCACCCAGCCCAGGAAAAGCCUCAGUAUGCGGUGCCUGAGGACCAAGAGGGCUCCUGUUCGGUGCUGAAUCGAGGAGUGGUCUCUGACUGGGAUGCACUGGAGGUGCUGUGGCAGCACUUGUUUUACUGCAGGCUGGGUGUGCAGCCGGAGGAGCUGGCUGUCCUCGUGGCUGACUCGCCCAUUUCACCACGCACCAACCGAGAAAAGGUGGCUGAAAUACUCUUUGAACGGUUCCAUGUUCCAGCCAUGCAGACGGCGCAUCAGGCCCUGCUGGCACUCUAUGCUUAUGGGCGCACCACUGGGCUGGUGCUGGGGAGUGGCCAUGGCACCUCCUACGUGGCGCCUAUCCUCACUGGGGAUCUGGCCCCACUUGACACCUACCGGCUAGAUGUGGCCGGUGCUGACCUCACUGAAUACCUGGCUCAGCUACUGCUGGCAAGUGGCCACUCGUCACCCAAGACAGGGUUGGUCAACCAGAUUAAAGAGGCCUGCUGCUACGUGGCCAUGGACACAAAAGCUGAGAUGGCCCGCACCCAGGCUCAGGCCCGAAUGGACUUCGUGCUUCCAGAUAAGCAGGUCAUCACCCUGGGUUCUGAGCGUUUUUCCUGCCCUGAGGCCCUCUUCCAGCCCAAUCUGCUAGGCCUCAACCAGCCUGGUCUCCCACAACUAGCGCUUUUAAGCAUCAGCGGGCUAGAGGCCAAGCAGCAGGAGCAGCUGCUGGCCAAUGUGGUGCUGGAAGGUGGCACCACCCUGGUGAAUGGCUUUUCUGAGCGCCUAAGACAGGAGCUGGGCCCCCGAGCCACCGUGCUGGGCUCUCCCCACCGUGCUGUUGCCGCUUGGCUUGGAGGCUCCAUCAUGGCAUCCCGGGACUCCUUCCAGAGCCUGUGGCUCAGUCGCCAUGAGUACCAGGAGGAAGGCCCCUGGGCCAUCUACAAGUACCAUCUGUGAGCACAUAAAAGUUCUGGCUCUGCUUACUUUGA